UCCACCGCCGCUUCUCCAUUUCUUCGCCGACCCAAAUCCAAAUCCCCUCUUGUUACAUGCUCUGCACUAUACUUCUGUUUUUUAGGCUUGGACCAGAGCUUACCAUACCCCAUUAAACAAUCCAACAUGGAAAGAUCCACAAGGAUGAGAGCAAUUCCAGGACGGUGGGAGGAGAAUCCACCCCAUCUCGUUACUUCCCCUUCUCUCAUGAAUUUCCAGCAUCCAUUCUCGACGCUUCUUUCUCCUUCUACCUCUUGCCCACGAACCCGAUUGACGAUUCCGUCGAGAUCAGCAUUUUCGACUCCACCAAGUACUUCAACGGCGAGGAUGACAAUCCCAAACUCCGAAAUAGAGUAUCUCUUGUUGUUGGUAAUGGUAAUAACUCCGGUAUCGUCGUUUCCGAUCCGCCCAGAUUCUCGACCGCUUCCUAGUCGGUGGAUGGGUAUGGAUACGCCAGCCGGAGACCAAGCCGGGUUGUUCCACGCCACGCCACAACUUCAUCGGAAGCAAACUGGAAUAGCCAGACCGGCUAUGGCCGAACCCGCCGGGAGAGAGAGGAAGGGAGCGAGCAGCGGGGGAGAGAGAGGAAGGGAUGGAGCCAUUGAAGUUGUUGGAGUGGAGGCUGAGGUGGCGGAGCUGGGCGAGUGGCUGGAGGAAGAGCAAAUGAUGCUGCGGCAGUCGCAAGGGGCGAGUGGGAUGGAAGGGUCCCAGCCGUCCAGGGCACCAAGUGGGUCGUGGAGGGCGAGCUUGAAGGCGGUCAAGGCUUGGAACUCGACGGUGGGGACGACGACGGUGGUGUCGACUGCGAGGAGGAGAAGGGGAGGAUAAAGUGGAGGCGGCGGAAAAAAAUGAAAUUAGGGUUUGGAUGGGCUUUGGGGAUUUUGGAUAAUAAGAGGGCUUCAAUUUU